AUGUCUGUUGUUGUCAUUGAACCACCAAACCCAACUGUCACUACUACCGAGUAUGGAUCUGUUUCUGAACCAACCACCAUCACCUACACCAACCCACCAGGUGGCACUGAUUCUGUUAUUAUCGCUGAACCACCAAACCCAACUGUCACUACUACCGAGUAUGGUUCCGUUGAAACUACCAUCACAUAUACCAACCCACCAGGUGGCACUGAUUCUGUUGUUGUCAUUGAAACCACCAAAUCCCAACUGUCACUAUCUACUGAGUAUGGAUCUGUUUCUGAACCAACCACCAUCACAUAUACCAACCCACCAGGUGGUACUGAUUCUGUUGUUAUCAUUGAACCACCAAACCCAACUGUCACCACCACCGAGUAUGGUUCUGUUGAAACUACCAUCACAUAUACCAACCCAGCAGGUGGCACUGAUUCUGUCGUUGUCAUUGAACCACCAAACCCAACUGUCACCACCACCGAGUAUGGGUCUGUUGUGAAACUACCAUCACAUAUACCAACCCACCAGGUGGUACUGAUUCUGUUGUUGUCAUUGAACCACCAAACCCAACUGUCACCACCACCGAGUAUGGAUCUGUUGAAACUACCAUCACAUAUACCAACCCACCAGGUGGUACUGAUUCUGUUGUUGUCAUUGAACCACCAAACCCAACUGUCACCACCACCGAGUAUGGAUCUGUUGAAACUACCAUCACAUAUACCAACCCACCAGGUGGCACUGAUUCUGUUGUUGUCAUUGAACCACCAAACCCAACUGUCACCAUCCUCUGAGUAUGGUUCCGUUGAAACUACCAUCACAUAUACCAACCGUGCAGGUGGUACUGAUUCUGUUGUUGUCACUGAAACACCAAACCCAACUGUCACCACCACCGAGUAUGGUUCCGUUGAAACUACCAUCACAUAUACCAACCCAGCAGGUGGUACUGAUGCUGUCGUUGUCAUAGAACCACCAAACCCAACUGUCACCACCACCGAGUAUGGUUCUGUUGAAACUACCAUCACAUAUACCAACCCACCAGGUGGUACUGAUUCUGUUGUUGUCAUUGAACCACCAAACCCAACUGUCACCACCACCGAGUAUGGAUCUGUUGAAACUACCAUCACAUAUACCAACCCACCAGGUGGUACUGAUUCUGUUGUUGUCAUUGAACCACCAAACCCAACUGUCACCACCACCGAGUAUGGUUCCGUUGAAACUACCAUCACAUAUACCAACCCACCAGGUGGUACUGAUUCUGUUGUUGUCAUUGAACCACCAAACCCAACUGUCACCACCACCGAGUAUGGUUCUGUUGAAACUACCAUCACAUAUACCAACCCACCAGGUGGUACUGAUUCUGUUGUUGUCAUUGAACCACCAAACCCAACUGUCACCACCACCGAGUAUGGAUCUGUUGAAACUACCAUCACAUAUACCAACCCACCAGGUGGCACUGAUUCUGUUGUUGUCAUUGAACCACCAAACCCAACUGUCACCACCACCGAGUAUGGAUCUGUUGAAACUACCAUCACAUAUACCAACCCACCAGGUGGCACUGAUUCUGUUGUUGUCAUUGAACCCUCCAAACCCAACUGUCACCACCACCGAGUAUGGUUCUGUUGA